AUGUCGUCGCUUAUCAUUUCGCACGACUCGUAUUUAAUGAUGCUGGAGAUUGCUGUGGAAAACUUGUUUGUCCCGUGGACCUCCGAUUUUGACAAGGUCAUCCUGAAGAAGACGGUCGUCAGGUUUCGCAUGCUAGAUGAGGAAUGGACGUCUUUGGUGCCGAAUCGGCGAGAUUAUGGUCCUUAUCGCGGUUCCUGCAGCGAGAACGAGAACUUUUACGGGGGUAGGUCCGUCGUAUUUUGCGUGCCGGCGGGUUUCUUCGAGAAAAAAGCGACCGACGUCAAUGUGCAGCUCUACGUGCAGAGAGAGGUGUGCAAGUACUUCGAGAUGGAUCAGUUCCAGAGCAUCGGCUUCGCCAACGUUCCGGUCGAUGAUCUACUGAACAGCAUCGCCAAGCAGAUGCGCGAGCGGAAUGAAUUGUCGGAACAUUUGUCGGACUUCUAUAAGCAGCAGAUUAUCUCGAGGUCUCUGACGGGAACUUACAAUCUGCUCGACGAAAACUUCCGGAGUACCGCGGCCACGAUCUCGCUCUACAUCCGGAUCAGCUACCUCGGCAAGUGCCUUGUAACGGAGAUUACGCGUCUCGAAAGUGGUGCUUUCUGCGUACGCAGAGAACCGGACGAGGAAGAGCCGUAUCUCUCUUGGCAGCUGACAGCGGACGAGCUUCAAAGCGGUCGCUGGGACACCGUCAGAGAUCUGUCGUGUCGUGUUCCGCGUGGACGUUUAGUUAUUGGCGACAGCCAAAAGAAAGAAGAGGGCCCGCUGCAGACCUGUCAAAAUCAGCUGAUUUUGACAGGUCCGUCACGACGAGAACUGUUGCAGAUGCAGUGCGAAAUACUGUUGCGAUUGCAGCUACCGCAGACUCCAUUAGGACUCCAAUGA